AUGCAGCGGGAAGCCCUCCGAAAAUUACGGCGGCCGACCUCACAUCUCACAAAGAAAUCGCGCGAUCUCGACAAGGCCAACGUCAGUUGCGAGAUGGCAGUGACAGAGAAUGGGCAAGUGGCAGAGGCCACAGGCAAGACGAGUGGGCAGCCAGAUGUUGAAAAGCCACGGAAAAAAGGAUUCGUGCGAUGGACAAUUGGGCUUGUCGUGAGACUUUUUAUUUGGUAUGCGCUUGUGACGUCGUUCUUGCGAUGUCCAUCCAAUGUCGCAGAUCUUACAGCGACAUCACCGCGAGUUUGCAAACCGUACCUGAUUGCUUGUUCGCACGUGGAACCUUAUGUCACGCCAUAUUAUGAAAUCUAUGCAGCGCCUUACGUCGACCAAGCCCGGCCAUAUGUGAAGGUUUUCAAUCAGCGUGUCUAUACUCCAGCGUCAAAGGUCGCCAAAUCAGGAUAUGAAAAGUAUGGGGCGCCAGCAUUGGAGCGAGCCCAGGCCUAUGGGGUUGAGCAAUGGCAGCUUCAAGUCACACCAAGACUCGAGGCUUCUCAGGGCAAGCUGCAUCAGCUAUAUCUGGCCAAAAUAGACCCUUAUGUUCAGCACAGCGUUGCUGUUGUCUCUCCGUUCUAUCGGAAGAUCAACAAGGCUGUGUCCACCAUCCAUCAGGGCCACCUUGUACCUUUUUACACUCGUUCCAUGCCUUUCAUCGGCAAAGCCUACUCAACAAGCCAAGGAGUUCUGGUAACCCAUGUCAUGCCGGGUGCACGGUAUACCUGGUCAUCUGCGGUCUACUUUGCUAACAGCUCGUUGUGGCCCCACAUUACUGGUCUUUACUCUGAGCAGGUCGAGCCUCAGCUGGUGAAGAUUGGCCAGCGGCUGGCGAGCUACAGGGAAGGCAAGCAACUCCGCGCUGUCGUAGAGGAUGUGGAUAGCACCGCAACAGUGCAACCCGUUAUUUCGGCGGCUACCAGAUCUCAGGGACAGACUCAGACUACAAGCACUGUAACAUCUACAUCUACAUCUACGACCCAAGCUCCUGUCCAACCUACCCUAUCCCCUACAGAGCAAGCUCAACAAGCCCGCCAGAGGAUUGAUUCGGAUCUUGAGCGGUGGCAGGGUAAAUUUGCUCUAGCGGCUGAUAAGGGUAUUGAAGACCUAGAGGAACGCAUUGCUGAGAUUGUCUCUGCUCUGGUUACAAGUAGUGCGAACAGUCAUGGUGAAAGCCUUUCUAUCGCCCUUCAGUCGGUCUCUGCCGAACAGAUUUCUUCAAUCAAGCAACGAAUUAAUGAACUCGCGGAGUCUAUGCCAGAUGAGGACGCUCCCGAGAUUGAGGAGUCAACUGGAGACUUGCUCGUGCGGGACAUCCGGGCUUCUGCUAUCUCCGUGAGAGAUCGGGCCCAUGCACUCCGAGAAUGGUCGAUUUCGUUCGAGGAUGAGCUUGUGCGUCGGGUCACGGCUGCCAUCGAUUCCACCCUAGAUGUUCUCGACAGCAUUCGCGAUCUAGGCCUACAAGAAAUUGGCAUGCGCUGGGUGUGGAUGGAUAGCGUCACAUACAAGGAUUGGGCGAAGUAUCAUGCUCUCAAAGCCCAACUCGAGGAAUGGCGUGACGAGAUUCGGACUAUUGGCAUGAACCAUCAGUCGAUUUCAGACGCCAGAGCCAUUGCGAGUGGCAUUUUGGAUCAGGGCAUGCAUGAAGCCGAGCAAGCUGCAAGAGAACUUGUUCGGUUGAAGGAUGUUGGGAUCUGGAAGCUCGCUGCUCGUGAAGUCAGUGAUAACUUCGAAUCUCGCACAGAGCCCCCGCCAGCGAGACCCAGGCCCCAGGCGGAGACCCAAGAGUCUGACGAAGAGCCCACCAGCCUGAACCUUGAUCACGAUGAGUCCACCGAUGCGGUACUAGAAUCAGACUCGGUGGAUUACACUUCCGAAGAACCCUUCCCUGCCGAUGAGUCUUUCGCGACAGUCGAUGUCGAGGCGGAUUUUGAUGCCGAUAGCGAAUCUUCCAUGGCCGAUGAUAUAGUGUUAGAACAACAGCCUUCCACAGGAAGCAUCUUUGGUGUUGCAGCUGCCGAUGCAAAUUCACAUCAAGCACCCAUUCUAGAUGAAGAGGACCAAGAUGUGCUGGACAGUCUAGCGAGUCAGGCUAGUAACUCUUACGCCGAGGUAAGCAACGCUGUCAGUGAGGCUAUCUACGGCACAUCGGUCACCCCCGGAGUCGGUGAGAAAGCAGCAUCAUUGGCUAGCGACCAGUAUUCCCAUGCUUGGGCCGCUGCCUCCACCGCUAUCUAUGGCACUCCUCUGGGCCCUGGGGAGAAAGUCUCUAGUGCCGCCUCUGAAAAAUAUAGCGAGGCUGUAGCCGCUGCAUCAUCGCUCAUAUACGGCACACCAACACCGGUCGUCCAAUCUCUUGUCAACGAAGCCAGCUCAGCACUUGCUGAUUCCACGGAUCAGGCUAAAAUUCUUUAUGAGAUUGCGAAGUCCCAAAUCCUUGGCCAAAUGGCUCAAUCUAGCGCUCCUAUACAUUCCCAGCUCCUAGCUUCCGUUGAAUCGGCUUAUUCUGGGUCUCUGAAGUAUGCCACGGACGGGCUAGAAUCGAAGCUUCAUGCUGUUCGAGCCACUCCAACAUCAUCCAGCUCUGGACCCCUGUCCCACAUCUCGUAUAUCGCAUCAUCCCGCUUGGACCGAGGGCUCAGCUUGGCGUCGGAACACCUAGCCCAGGUGCAACCGACACUAGCCAGCCCCUCUGGUCUCGAGCCAUUUGUCCUCGAUGCGCAGCGCCGCUACUAUGAAGCAGUCGGGUUGGCCCAUGAGCAUUACACUGCUUUUAUCUCCACGGCGUCCGGUGCGGUCUACGGCUCACCGACCCCCACAGCAGCUCCUGGAAGUUUCAAGGGAAUGAUUGAAGAAGCAGGGUCUCAGUACGAGCGCGUGUCCUCGUUAGCUUCUGCAAGUCUGGCCGCUGUCGUCGCAUCGGCAAGCUCUGUCGUUUCUUCUGCAGAUAAUGGCAAAGCACAAGGUAUCAUCGACGAUGCGUCAUCCAAAUACAAUGCUGCCCUCUCUGCGGCUUCGGCGACCCUUUCCCUGGCUUCUAUGUCAGCCAGCUCGGCCAUAUAUGGAACUUCCACCGGCCGUUUAGAGUCCGUUUCUAGUAAAGCAUCUGAAAACUGGGAGAAUCUCAUUUCUAUGGCCAGCGAGCAAGUUUACAAUUCACCGACUCCAUUGAUGCAGGAAGUGGUGAAUAAUGGGCGUCUGCAAUUUGAGGCAGUCCAGGAGCUUGUCUCCGAACUGCUUGUGGGCAAGCAGCCUUCAUUCACCGAGAGCGUUCUGAGCAAGCUAUAUGCCGCAUAUGAGACGCCAUACCCGGUCACCGUUGUUGCCUCCGCCUCUAGCUACAUCAACGAGGCUUAUGGAUCUGCGUCCUCAGUUGCUGCUUCUAUCAUUUCAGAAGCCCCCCGUAUAGAAGAUAUUGUGCAACACGCGAAUGACCAACUUCAUGCUGCUGUCGAGGCCGCCAGUGUUGGUAUCUACGGAACCCCUAAAGGCUCCUUCGAGCAGGCUACCGAUGCCGCAGCCGAUGCAUACUCUACGGCUUUCUCUCAGAUUAGCAGCGCCGUCUACGGCAAGGAAUCCAGUUAUAUCGAUAUGGCCAAAGAAGCCAUCGAUGACAUCCAAUCCAAAGCCAGUGCUGCCAUGUAUGGCGAGGAGCCCAAUGCAAUGGAGAGCGCCAGUGUCCGUCUCACCGCAGCCGUUGAAAGCGCCAAGUCUCAGUUGGCUGAUCUAGCCGCCAGUGCCAACAGUGUUGCAUCCGAGGCAGCUGAGACUGCCGCAUCCCAUGUUGACGAUGUGACAAGCAGCAUCAAGAGUGCUGCAGCUGCAGUCAAGGACGAACUGUGA